AUGUCCCCAGCCUGCGCCAUACCACCCGUGGAGUACAGUCCUGCCAAAGCUCCAUUACUGCAGCCCCUAGAAUACACCCACCUGUCCAGUAGAAAGACGCUACCCGCUGUCUGGAUGAGAGCAGGCACGUCCAAGGGUCUGUUCCUCCACCGGCGUCAUCUCCCGGCGUCCACUCACCUCUGGGAGCCGAUCCUGCUGUCGGCCAUGGGGUCCUCGCAAGGCGACGGCCGGCAGAUUGACGGCGUGGGCGGUGCAUCGUCGACGACGUCCAAGGUUGCUGUGGUGGAGGGGUCAAGCCGCCCUGAUGUCGAUGUGGAGUAUACAUUCGUACAAGUGGCCCCUGACCAACCGCGUAUCGACAUGACAGGGAACUGCGGCAAUAUUGCCUCCGGCGUGGGCCCGUUUUCGCUAGACGAGGGGAUCGUGAGGGCUGCGCCGGGACAGAAAGAGAUCGACAUUCGGACCUACAAUACCAACACCGGACAACACAUCGUGGAAACCGUCCAGGUCGCCGCGGACGGGUCCUUCCAAGAAGAGGGCGAGUGCCGGAUCCCCGGAGUCGCAGGCGCAUCCAGUCCCAUCCGAUUAGCGUUCCUGAGCCCCGGUGGCAGCAUGACGGGCCAGCUCUUCCCAAGCGGCGCGCAGCAGGAGACGUUGACCGUCCAGUCGCGCACCGUCGGGACGUUCGACGUGCGAGUCAGCCUAGUUGACGCCGCCAACCCGUUUGUUCUCGUCGACGCAGCUUCCCUGCCAAUGCCACUGCCGCCCUACACCAUAUCGCCCACUGGCGACAGCAACAGCAACCCCAACAAUCCGGCAUUCCUGUCCGUGGUCGAGGACAUCCGCCGGGAAGGCGCCGUGCGGUUCGGGCUGGCCGCUGAUCCGCAGGCGGCGGGCAAGGUGCGCGGCACUCCCAAGAUCGCCCUGUUGUCUUCGGCGGCGGAGAAUGACGAGGCUGAUAUCCGCGUCCUGGCAUUCACCAUGGGGAAGCCCCAUGCGAGUCUGCAGCUGACCGGUGCGGUGUGUGUGGGCGCAGCAACAGUCAUCCACGGGACGAUUGCGUGGGAGUUGGCCCGGAAGGGGAAACGUGGCACACGGCCCAAGCAUGGGAUGUCGGUGGGCCAUCACCAGAUUGCGCCUCCAUUGCCGGUGGGCAUUCGACAUCCGGCCGGGGUGAUCCCCGUGGAGGCUGUGUUGGGGAUGGACCAUAAGGGUGAGGUUAGUGUUGAUAAUGUAGCGGUCUUUCGGACGGCUCGGCGGCUUUUUGAGGGGAAUGUGUACUAUCAUGUAUGA